AUGGUUCAAUCGUCCGUUUUAGGGUUCCCAAGAAUUGGUGCCAACAGAGAGCUUAAGAAGACCACCGAGGCCUACUGGCAAGGUAAGGUCAGCUCUGAGGAGCUUUUCAAAGUCGGUAAGGAAAUCAGAGCUCACAACUGGAAGCUGCAAAAGGAUGCCGGUGUUGACGUGAUUGCCUCUAACGACUUCUCGUUCUACGACCAGGUUUUGGACUUGUCGUUGUUGUUCAACGCCAUCCCUGAGCGUUACGCUAAGUACAACUUGGCACCUAUCGACACUUUCUUCGCCAUGGGUAGAGGCCUGCAAAAGAAGGCCACCGAAACCGAAGCUCCCGUCGACGUGACUGCCUUGGAAAUGGUGAAAUGGUUCGACUCUAACUACCACUACGUCAGACCAACUUUCUCUCACUCUACUCAAUUCAAAUUGAACGGCCAGAAGCCAGUUGACGAAUACUUGGAGGCCAAGGCCUUGGGUGUUGAAACCAGACCAGUCCUUUUGGGUCCUGUCUCGUACCUAGCCCUUGGUAAGGCCGACAAGGACUCUUUGGACUUGGAGCCAUUGAGCUUGUUGGAGAAACUGCUACCUGUCUACGCCGAAAUCUUGAAGAAGCUCGGUGAAGCCGGUGCCACCUCCGUCCAAUUGGACGAACCUGUCUUGGUCUUGGACUUGGACGAGAAGACGCAGGGCGCCUUCAAGACCGCCUACGACUUCCUAGGUACUCAGUCUGGCUCUCCAGCCAUUACAUUGGCCACUUACUUUGGUACCGUUGUGCCAAACUUGGCUGCCAUCAAGAACUUGCCUGUUGCCGGUUUCCACUUUGACCUUGUCAGAAACCCUGAACAAUUGGAGCAGGUUAUCUCCAUCCUAAACGACAAGCAAACCUUGUCUGCUGGUGUUGUUGACGGUAGAAACAUUUGGAAGAACGACUUUGCCAAGUCUUCCGCUAUUGUCCAAAAGGCUAUCGAGAAGCUCGGUGCUGACAGAGUUGUUGUCGCCACUUCUUCCUCUUUGCUUCACACUCCAGUCGACUUGGAAAGUGAAAAGAAGCUAAACCCAGUGAUUAAGGACUGGUUCGCUUUCGCCACUCAAAAGGUCAAGGAAAUUGUUGUUAUUGCCAAGAACGUUUCCGGCCAAGAUGUUUCUGCCGACCUAAAGGCUAACGCUAAGUCCAUCUCCGAGAGAGCAUCCUCUAGCCUCACCAACAACAAGUCCGUUCAGGAAAGAGUCGCUGCCAUCGACGACAAAUUGUCCCAGCGUGCUGCUCCAUUCCCAAAAAGAUUGGAGGCUCAAAAGGGUUUCAACUUGCCAUUGUUCCCAACCACAACUAUUGGUUCUUUCCCCCAGACCAAAGACAUUAGAAUCAACAGAAACAAGUUCGUCAAGGGUACUAUCACUCCAGAAGAAUACGAGCAGUUCAUCAACAAGGAAAUUGAAACUGUUGUCAGAUUCCAAGAAGAAAUUGGCCUAGAUGUCUUGGUUCACGGUGAACCUGAAAGAAACGAUAUGGUUCAGUACUUCGGUGAACAGAUUGACGGUUACACCUUCACUGUCUACGGUUGGGUUCAAUCCUACGGUUCCAGAUACGUCAGACCACCUAUCAUCGUUGGUGACUUGUCCAGACCUAAGCCUAUGUCUGUCAAGGAAUCCGUCUACGCUCAGUCCAUCACCACCAAGCCUGUCAAGGGUAUGUUGACUGGUCCAGUCACGUGUUUGAGAUGGUCUUUCCCAAGAGAUGAUGUUGACCAAAAGACCCAGGCUAUGCAAUUGGCCUUGGCCUUGAGAGAUGAAGUCAACGACCUUGAAGCCGCUGGUAUCAAGAUCAUCCAAGUCGACGAGCCUGCUUUGAGAGAAGGUCUACCUUUGAGAGCUGGUGACGAACGUUCCGCUUACUUGAAGUGGGCCGCUGAGUCUUUCAGAAUCUCUACCUGUGGUGUUGAGAACAGCACUCAGAUCCACUCGCAUUUCUGUUACUCCGACUUGGACCCUAACCACAUCAAGGCUCUAGACGCCGACGUGGUUUCGAUCGAGUACUCCAAGAAGGACGACCCUAAGUACAUUUCCGAGUUCUUGAACUACCCUAACCACAUUGGUCUAGGUUUGUUCGACAUUCACUCUCCAAGAAUUCCAUCCUACGAGGAGUUCAACGCCAAGAUCGCUAAGAUUUUGGAGUCAUACCCAGCCGAAAAGUUCUGGGUUAACCCAGACUGUGGUCUAAAGACCAGAGGAUGGGAGGAAACCAAGUUGUCUUUGACCCACAUGGUGGAAUCUGCCAAGCACUUCCGUGAGCUUUACGCCAAGAAAUAA